AUGGAUCUCUAUGAUGAAUUACCUCAAAGUAAGUUAUUAUAUGAACUUGAAUUUUCUCAGUUGUUAGAUAAUGCUAAGAAGAAUAAUGUUACAACUAUCGAUUUUUUAACUCUUAAUAUAUCUGAAUUAUCAAAGAUAUUACAAAGAUCAGUAGUCGAAGUUAAUAAAUUUCAAUCAAUAUUAGUAGAUGAAUUUAAUGGUCAAUACAAAUCCCAAAAUGUUUUAACUCCUCUUCAUAGUCAAAAUUCUGUAAAAUUACAUUCACAGUUUAUUUCAAGUGAGGACACAAACCCAGCUUGGUUUACUACUGGUGAUAUUAAAAUCGAUGAAAUAUUGGGUGGUGGAAUAUUUAUAAGAGGAAUCACUGAAAUUUUCGGUGAAUCUUCAACUGGUAAAUCUCAAUUGUUAAUGCAACUGAGUUUAACAGUGCAACUACCUUUAGAAAAUUAUGGAUUGAAUGGGAAAUGUGUCUUCAUUACUACUGAAGGUGAUCUUACUACACAAAGAAUACAACAAAUAUUAGCAGAAAACCCUUUAUAUAAUAACGAAAAUGUAUCACUAGAUAAUAUCUUCACGGUGACCUGCAAUGAUUUAACUACUCAGGAACAUAUCCUUGAUGUUCAAUUACCUAUCUUGUUAGAUAGGAAUAAAGAUUCUAUCAAAUUAAUUAUUAUAGAUUCUAUAUCACAUCAUCUAAGAGUUGAAUUAGAAAAUACAUCAAUUAAAAAUUCUCAAGUCAAUAGAUUUUAUGUUGAAAGAUUAGCUGAAAAAUUAUUGUACUUAGCAAACAAAUACGAAUUAUCUGUAGUAGUCGCUAAUCAAGUAGGUAAUAAACCGCUAUUGGAAAAUGCCGAGCCUGUUCGUCAGAUUAUCACAGACUAUGAUUAUCAAGUAGGAUGGUUAGUAGGUUGGAAGGAUUCCAGUAUCUUGUAUAGACACAAAUACAAUUCAAUGGAUAUCUCAACAAGUAACCUUACUAUGUCCAAUGGUGCCAUGAAUUAUAAAGAUAGUUCUAAAAAUUUACAUCAAAGUAAUACUAAUAGUGAUAAUCUAAGAUUUAGUCAGGUUGAUUCAUUUCAGUUAGAGACCAUCUUGUCUGAUGAUGAAGAUUCUAUGUUAAUAGAAAAGGAAGUCAAUAAAUUCAUUGAGGCUUCAAACAGAAUCAAAUCCGUCUCAGAAUCAGCACUCUCAAUACGAUCAUUAGAAAAUAAUGAAUCAGAUCCUAACAAUAACUAUGAUAAUGGUAACUAUAAUAUGAGCGAUAUGAAUAGUAUAGGAAAGUCUAAACAAAAUUUAACUUUAAAUACAGCAGAUAUUGAAUAUUCCAAAGAGAAAAUUAAUAAAAAAAAAUCAGUAAUAAUAAGAAAAAAAAGGAGAUUGGAUUCUAUUGUACCUAAUUUAGGUUUAUCAUGGGCUAAUUAUGUUUCAACAAGAAUACUGUUGAAAAAAUCAUAUAAGGCUUCACCCAUGAUUAAAAGAGGUGAAUUAAAAAUUUAUCAAGGAAUUGAUGAGAGCUCUUUUUGGCAAGUAAAGAGAGAUUUGACUGUUGUUUUUUCAUCAUAUUGUGAGCCCAAAUCUAUUACAUAUGCUAUUACAAAGCAAGGUAUUAAAGCUAUAGAAAUUUAA